AUGGCGUCAGCACGUAACUGCUCCCUGCUCCUCGCGCUCCUGCCGCUCCUUACGCCGGUGGCCGUGUUCCCGCACGACGUGGACACGGUGCGGUUCGCGCUGAACCUGGAGUACACGGAGGCGGAGUUCUUCCUGAUCGCCGCCUACGGCAAGGGGCUGGACCACUUCGCGCCCAACCUGACGCUGGGCGGCCCGCCGCCGGUGGGCGCCAGGAAGGCCGACCUCGACGAGCUGACGUGGGACGUCGCCGCCGAGUUCGGCCUCCAGGAGAUCGCCCACCUGAGGGCAAUCCAGAAGACCGUGGGUGGGUUCCCAAGGCCGCGGAUAGACCUGAGCCCGCACAACUUCGCGAGGGUGAUGGACGAGGCGCUCGGCUACCGCCUGGACCCACCCUUCGACCCCUACGUCAGCAGCCUCAACUUCCUCCUCGCCGCCUACGUCAUCCCCUACCUCGGCAUCAACGGCUACACGGGCACCAACCCGCUCAUCGACGGCUACGCCACCAAGCGCCUCGUCGCCGGCCUGCUCGCCGUCGAGUCCGGCCAGGACGCCGUCCUGCGCGCCCUCCUCUUCGAGCGCCGCCGCGAGCCCGCGGCGGGCGACGCCGUGGCCACGGUGGCGGAGAUCACCGACCGCGUGUCGGCGCUGCGCAACCGGCUGGGGCGGUGCGGGGUGAAGGACGAGGGGCUCGCCGUGCCGGCGUGGCUCGGCGCCGAGGGGAGGAUCUGCACCAACAUCCUCUCCGCCGACGCCGACUCGCUCUCCUACAGCCGCACGCCGGCGGAGCUGCUCAGGAUACUCUACCUCACAGGCGACGAGCGCAAGCCCGGCGGGUUCUUCCCGGACGGCGCCAACGGCAAGAUCGCCCGGUCGUUCCUCGCCAAGCCACCUGGCGUUAACCACUGAGGUUAUCGACGACGACCAAGUAUAUAAUUACGAAGAAAAUUGGAAAUAAUGCCAUCAACUGAAUAUGAUUGCAGGAAUAUGUUUGAUUACAGAAAUAUGUCGUUUCUCCCUAAAGUCAUUUAUAUUUGACGUUGUUGAUGUUUGAGAGAUAAACAUUGUUGGCAAAGGGAGUACUCAAUAUGCUACUACGGUCAUGUUCACGCUUCCUA